AUGGCUUGGAACGGUACAACAAUCAGACCGACGGCGACCACGACAGCUCCGGCACCUGCUGCGACGCAUUCCGGUCCAGUACAGGCGAAUUCCGAUGCUGCCGGAGCUAACUUCGAUCCAAACGAUGCUGCUAGCCCUUUCUUCCUUCAUCCAAAUGAGAACCCCUCACUGAUUCUGGUUUCUACGCUGCUGGAUGGCCGGAAUUACCACCCCUGGGCCAGGGCGAUGGAGAUGUCUCUGCUAUCGAAAAACAAAUUAGGGUUUGUUGAUGGCACAAUUCCGAUGCCGAACGUGGGGGAAGUUAAGUAUCCCUAUUGGAGAAGGUGUAACAAUAUGGUGGCUACAUGGAUCAUGCGCUCGGUUUCACCAGAAAUUGCUCAGACGAUUCUUUGGGGAGGAACGACUGAGAGAGUUUGGAACACAUUGAAGGCAAGGUUCAGUGAGGCUGAUGUUUUCAGAAUCUCUGAUCUUCACGCUGAGAUACAUCAGACAAGGCAAGGAGAUCUGAGUGUAAGCACUUACUUUGCCAAAUUAAAGGUUCUUUGGGAUGAACUCCAGGUUAUAAGACCUUUGCCUACCUGCAAAUGUGAGAGGAGAUGCGACUGUGGAUUAUUGCAAACCCUUGAACAGCAGUUAGAGAGUGACAAUCUCUCUGUUUUUCUGCGAGGACUCAAUGACACUUAUGCCUCCGUUCAGUCUCAAAUUAUGAUGACAAAACCUCUUCCUACUGUGGACGAAGCUUUCUUGAUGAUCCAACAACAAGAGAGGAGGUUUAUAAUGCAGGAGGAGGUCUACAAGUGCAAGAAGCAGGCAACAUCUUCUUCACUAAGGGGAAUAAUGGUGGUAAGAAGUUUCAGUCCAACAAUAAUAAGAAACCAGUUUGUUCUCACUGUGGAUACACUGGUCACACUGCAGAAAAGUGCUAUAAGAUACAUGGUUAUCCACCAGGGUGGAAACCUAGAAAUAAGAAUGUUGGAUCUGCUAAUCAGGUGCAAUUCACCUCUAAUGAACAACAAGUCGAUGAAAACACUGGUUCUAUAA